CCUCAACACGCUAACACUCAAAGCCGAACUCCGUCUUCUUCCUCUCUGUGUUUUUACCAAACAGUCCUUUAGAGUUCUUCUUGAUCAUAAUUUGGAUUUCAAAUUCAAAUUCAAAUUUGUUUGCUCGAUUCAUUCAGUGUUGAUUUUUGGUGUUCGGAUCGAGAGAAUUUGAUCGUGUUACAUGUCCGCAGCGACGACGUCAUGUUACUGCUACAGAUGUAGCAGGUUCAUUAGGGCUUUCACCGGCACCGGCGACUCACCGGUGGUGUGUCCGGACUGCGGCAGUGGGUUUGUGGAAGAGCUCGGCAACCCGGCCCGCUCCGUCCACGUGGAUUUGCGCCGUUCCGCUGCUGCGAUGUACAUGAUCGGAGCCAACAACCGCUUCGGUUCCAAUCAUGAUCUCCGACGACCUCGCAGAAACAACAACGGCGGUGGAGGUGACCGAUCGGUGUUCAAUCCGGUCAUCGUGGUGCGCGGAACUGAGGCGGGGAAUGAGGGAAGGGGUUUCGAGCUGUUUUAUGACGAUGGAUCCAGGUCGGGUCUUCGGCCCUUGCCGAAUAACAUGUCGGAGUUUUUACUCGGGUCCGGGUUCGACCGCCUGUUGAGUCAGCUUUCGCAGAUCGAUUUGAACGGAAUCGGACGGUACGAUCAGCGGCCGGCGGCGAAGUCGGCGGUGGAGUCGUUGCCGACGAUCGAGCUCGACGAUUCGCACGUGGCGGAGGAGUCUCACUGCGCCGUGUGCAAAGAGCAAUUUGAAUUGGGAAAUGAAGUUCGAGAGAUGCCUUGCAAGCAUAUAUACCACUCCGAUUGCAUCCUGCCGUGGCUUGCGCAGCGGAAUUCGUGUCCGGUGUGCCGGCAAGAGCUGCCGGUGGACUCUCCGGCGGUGGUGAAUCCGGCGGCGGCUCUGAGUGAGGGCGAGAACGCCGCGCUGACGAUCUGGAGGCUUCCGGGAGGCGGAUUCGCGGUGGGGAGGUUUGCCGCCGGCGGGAGAAGAGCCGGCGGCGGCGAUAGGGAGCUUCCGGUGGUUUAUACGGAGAUGGACGGCGGGUUUAACGGCGGCGCGCCGAGGAGGGUUUCGUGGUCGAGGAGCGGCGGGAGAGGAAGACGCAGAGGUGGAGUCAGGCGGUUUGUUAGAGGCUUGUUCUCGUGUUUCAGCGGUGGCAGGGCAGUUGCGCCUCGGUCGUCUUCUCCUCCGAGUUCCUGGCCGGAAGUGAGGCCUGCGCCGAUGAACGACAGGAGGGUGAGGCCAUCCAAUUCGGAGAGGCCAGCUUCCACGGCCCGGACGCGCAGGACUUGGUCUAUGGAGGUUAACAGUGGGGUUGUGAUAUGGUAAAAAGUAAAAGCUUUUGGCGUAAAGCAUUGGUGAUUGGUGUUUGGUUGUGAAUUCAUUCACCGUAAAUAUGGAGGGAAAGAAUGAAUUCAAUCUCGGCUCUUGUUUCGAGCGCAUAAAUUUGGUGACAAGGGAGAUUCUUUGAGAUUGAGAAUCGCAUGAGAGCUCGAAAUAGUUAGGAAGAAGAAGAACAGCAGCAGCUGCAGCAUAAAAGAGCGGCUCUAGCAAGGUACCUAUACCUUGUUUAUCCUAGAGCCUUGUCAAGUUUCAUGAGCUGAAUUGGAGUUAGAUUACCUGCUUUCUUGAGCUAAAAUAGCUAGAUUGUUAUAGCUUCAAUGAAAUUGUAAUUGGAAGUGGAAGUCAGAUUCAGUUUACUGUCCAUCUUA